ACAAAGUCUUACAUCCUCAGGAUGAACCGAGAGGAGAAUCUAUGCUGGUUUCAUGGAAAAAUAUCUCGCGAAGACGCGGAAGAGAUAUUGCGACAAAAGGGUGGUGAAGGGGUGUUUCUGGUGCGUGAAAGCUCAUCCUCCGAAGGUGACUACGUGCUGUCGGUGCUGUUCAAGGGUGAAGUGAUACACUAUGCCAUCCGGCGCCACGGCGACGAUGCAUUCUUUUCCAUUCACGAUCACACACCGAUCCACGGGCUAGACUCGUUGAUCGAGCACUAUCAAAAGGAUAAAGGUAAUCUGGUGACACGGCUUCAGGUCAUUUGUCGGAACGAUCCUCCGCCGCAUGACGUUCGCAGUCACGGUACCACGAAUCUCCUGCACCGUGCGACAAAGGAGAGUAACUACACGGUCGUGUCAGAGUUACUGAAAUGCGGAUAUCGCAACAUAGACUCGAAGAAUCAAGAUGGCCAAACGGCAGUGCAUUUGGCGUGUCUGCAUGCGGAUGACAAAAUUUUGCAGAAGCUGAUCGAACGUGGCGCGAACAUUAACAGUCGCGAUGCCAAGGGUAACACACCGCUACAUUAUGCUUGCGCAAAAAAGAACGGCUUGGAGAUGGUCCGGAUGCUGGUGGAAGCUUCAGCAAAUCUUCAAGCAAGGAACAGCGAAACAGGAUGGGUUCCAUUACACGAGGCUGCCGAAAACGGGAACAUUGAUGCAAUUCAAGAGCUGCUACGGCGCCGUGUGCCACACCGGCCCCGCUCAAAUUUCGGUGAAAUGCCGUCCGAUUUAGCCCGUCUUCGAGGACACUAUCAGGUGGUUGAGUUUUUGAACGCGUACGAGCCAUCCAGGCCACAGACCCAUCGUGAUCUAUGGUACCACGGAACACUCGAGCGAACAGCGGCAAUUGACAAACUGAAGAAUUUCUCUGCCAAGCUGCAGGCGAAGCUGGGUCAUAGCCAGCAAUUAGAGCGCGAUACCAACAAAGAAAACAUUGGCUCUCAGGAUGGAGUCGAACAGUCCGCUUCAGGAACGUACCUGGUGCGCUACUCGGCCAAACAGAAUGUGGACGUGCUGACGAUGCUGUACGAUAACGAACCGAAGCACUUUAUUAUCCAGCGGCAGCAGGAUUGGUUGUACAUUGACGAAGGACCAUACAUGAACUCACUUGAGCAUCUGAUUGACCACUACAUGCGCUUCUCGGACGGGCUGCCGGUAAAUUUGCGAUUCCCGGUGACUCCCGGCCCUAAGCCACCGAUUCCGAGGUUUGAUACUAUACCAAAGUCUAAAAACCGAAUCCAACGCGCUUCCACAGAGGGUGUCGCUGGAUCACCUGCUCUGCACUCAUAUGGUGCUCUGUCCAUUGCCGCAACGUCACACCACUCAAACGGAGCCACACUAGCUUCGAGUCUGACGGGCAUGUUUCGCAAAUCGAGCGAUAUUCCCUCCAACACUGCUGCUAACCUUCCAUCAAAGGGGCAAGGACCACCGACAAGGAACCUGUCCGUGCCAAACGAUGCGAUGCUCCUGAUGAACAGGGUUGGCCUGUUCGAUCGCAGCCCUGAUCGCUGUGCACCUGAAGCGCCCCGUCAUCUCACACCAAAAACAUCACUCUCGCCGAGUGCUGACGAGCAGAAAGGGAAGCCAAACAACCACAAUGCAAGCACGCCACGGAAGAAAACGUUUAUUGAGGGCAUGAAGAGCUUGCGCAAGAGCAAACAGAAGCUUAAGUCUCCCGAGGGUGAACCUGAUACGGGCAUAGCGUCGGAAUCUACCGUCGGUGGCAGUAUGUCUGCGAUCGAACCAACGGUAAGCCCUUCGAAAUUACUGCAGCAGCUAAAGUUUUCCUCCGAUUUCAACCUCGUUGCGAGCUGCGCCGCAGUAGACGAUAUUUACAAGAUUCCUACGAACAACUGUGCGAUUGUAGAUAUCGAUAUUGGCGAGCCGCCGACCGUUACCACGCCGUCAUCGAUGGUCGUAUCAUCGAAAUUACUCGAUAGGGAUAGUGGCGAACUACCACCGGCGAUUCCACCUAAAAUGUCCUCACCCGUGCUCGACAGUGUUAAUAACAACGAGUCGACUGUGCUGGAUUACUUCACGCAAAGUGACGAUCCGUCCCAACAAAACAGAUUGCCCGAUACGGAGGGUGAAGAGAUUUACUUUGUUGAAGCACCGCUACCAUUAUCACCGAGGACGAUCGGUGACGCUUCAGCUAGCAACGUCGUGAAUAAUAAUGUCUUAUCGGAUGAAACGGCUCCCGGUAGCCAAUCGGUACGCGCACCCCCCACAAAUUACAUCAUGACGAAAAACGUACCAAUCUUUAGCAGCGUCUCGGUGGAGGAAUGCCAAAGUCCGACGAGUCCCAACGGCCAAAUGCGGGCCAGCAAGCUAUUUGAGCGACUCGACUCGAACCAGUCCUCGUUCAGCCGGGCGAGUGUGCUUAGCGGGGAGAGCGUCUUUUUCGCCAUGUUUCAGCAACAGCAAUCGCUGUCGAAUUCCACGGCCCCUCCCGAGGGUCCGAAUUACUUCAUCCCAAAGGAGUGCAUCCAUUCGGAUACGAAGCUCGGGCGGGGCGAGUUUGGUUACGUUUACCAGGGCUAUCUGGAACCCUGGCCGUUGGACGUCUGUUCAAACAAGUCCUUCACUGCGACCAUGGGUCGUGUUCCGGUGGCAAUCAAGAAACUAGUGGACAGCCAGGAACCCCUCCAAAGGAAGGAUUUCCUACGCGAAGCUAGUGUGAUGAUACGGCUGCGGCAUAACUGCAUCGUGCGGUUGAUUGGCAUAUGUAAAGGACCUCCACUAGUUAUGGUGCAAGAACUGAUAUCGCUCGGUUCGAUGCUUGUGUACAUUACGAAGUACAAAGAAAAGGUCAACCCAAACCACGAGAUGAUGAUCUGGGCCGCACAAAUAGCAAGUGGUAUGCAAUACCUGGAGGAGAAACAUUUUGUUCACCGAGAUCUUGCGGCCCGUAAUAUUCUACUGGCGAACAUAUAUCAGGCCAAAAUAUCCGACUUUGGGCUAUCACGUGCCAUUGGCGCCGGGCAAGAAUACUACCGAGCUAGUCAGGGAGGCAAGUGGCCUAUCAAGUGGUAUGCGCCCGAAAGCUUCAACUAUGGUACAUUUUCGCACGCCAGCGACGUCUGGUCGUUUGGGGUGACGCUUUGGGAAAUGUUCUCGUAUGGUGCGCCACCCUACCACGAUCUAAAGGGCGUUGACGUCAUAGAUCUGAUAGAGGCAAAUCAACGGCUCUCACAACCAGACGCCUGCCCGGACAAGGUGUUCGAGGUAAUGCGCAACUGCUGGCAGUACAACCCAAAGCAGCGACCUACCUUCCGUUUUCUGCAUCGCUUUUUCUCCGACGACAUCGAAUACCAAAACUUGCAAGAGCUUGUUGGGACGGGAAGUGAAAUUAAUGCAAACGCAUCGUCCAUCGCCACGGCAACUCGCAUUUCAACCGCUUCGACCAUCACUUCAACAGUUGAUGAGAGUGGCAACAACCAGAGCUCGCCAGGGUCAUACUAAAAAAAACGAUUGAAAUAAGAAACUCUUCUUCCCGGUAAAGUGCAUUGUUGCUCUUCCAUAGGUGAUAGGAGACCGCC